CUUUGAUCAACACCACGUCCCCAUGCCAUCGACAACCAUUGACAACCAUCUACGACCACCGAUAGCCAUCGGUCAUCCGUUAGUCGCCGCCUGAUGCUCAUCGACAGCACUUGCCCCAACAUCAAGACCACUACGACUGUUGACGACCCGCCAUGGCUAGCCAUAGUCGGCUGCGACGCCGCGAAGACUUCCAGAUCGCGGUCAUAUGCGCCCUGCCCCUCGAAUACGACGCCGUUGUCUUCGCCUGCGACGAGAUUUGGGAGGAGGAUAGAGUCGAGCUGGGAAACGCAUCGGGGGACUGCAACACAUAUAAGACCGGCCGGAUAGGAGGCCACAACGUCGUUCUGCUUCUCCUCCCUGGUAUGGGAAAGGUGAUCGCAGCGACCGCGGCGGCCAGCCUCCGAUCAAGCUACACCGAGAUCAAGCUGGCCAUCCUAUGUGGAAUCUGUGGUGGGGUGCCCGGAGUCAAGACAAGCAACGAGAUUUUCCUAGGGGACGUGGUCAUCAGCAAGAGCAUCGUGCAAUACGACCUAGGCCGGAAGAAUCCCAACCACUUCGCCCCAAAAGACACCGUCGAAGACACCCUAGGAAGACCCAGCCAGGGUGUCCGUUCGCUCGUUGCAACUUUCCAGUCGCUCCAUGGUCGCAGCGACCUGCAGCGACGAGCGAGCCAGGUUCUAAAGCAGAUUCAGCAAAGGGCAGCCGAUGAGGGGCACCAGAACCUCUACAGACGUCCUGCCGAAACAGAUUGCCUUUUUGAGCCGGACUAUCUCCACCGUCAUCGCGAUUCUCCCAGCUGUGGCUGUAGUGAAUCGAAGGCCUGCGAAAAAGCCCUGACCUCGUCCUGCGAGAUGCUUCAAUGCGACCACUCGCGCGUCAUACCCAGGACCCGCCCCACGACGCAGGCAUCGGGGAAGCAGAGACAAGAUAACACAGCAGGACAAGAGGUUCGUGUGUUAGUCGGGCGUUUGGGAUCCGGCGAUACUGUGUUGAAGGCCGGAUUGGACCGUGACAGAAUCGCUGGAGAGCAUGACCUUCUUGCCUUUGAGAUGGAGGGGGCCGGCAUAUGGGACGUGAUUCCAUGCGUCGUCGUCAAGGCGGUUUGUGACUAUGCCGACAGUCAUAAGAACAAGAAAUGGCAGCAUUUUGCUGCAGCAACAGCGGCUUCGGCGACAAAGGCACUUCUCGAGCAUUACACGCACAUGGACAGACCUUCGGCUCCCAAUUCAUGGUUUCUUGUUCCGUACAACGAAAACCCGGACUUCGUUGGGCGAUCUGAAGCCCUCGAUCGGAUCAAACAGCUUUUUGGGCACACGGAGCAUCAAGCAAGCCAGUCUUCAAUACCGCACUCGAGAGUUGCGCUCUAUGGGCUUGGGGGUAUCGGGAAAACGCAGAUCGCGCUCGCCUAUGCGUUCUGGCUGCAACACACGUACCCUGAUGUUUCCGUAUUUUGGGUUCACGCCAGCAACGCAGAGCGAUUUCGCCAAGCGUACUCAUCUAUUGCUCAAGAGUGUGACAUUCCUGGACACGAUGAUCCCAAAGCUGACAUGCUGUUGCUCGUCAAGACGUGGCUGGAAAGGGGGUUUCGAGGUCGAUGGCUCAUGGUCAUUGACAACGCCGACGAUACGCAUCUGUUCUUCCCGCCGGAUUCCCUAGCUGGCAGCACCAACACAAAUCCGACAACCGACACACAAGGUGGACUAGGACGCUACAUCCCCGAGUGUGGACACGGAUCCAUUAUCAUCACAUCAAGAAACAAACAAACUGCGUCCAGGUUUGUGCGAGGGAACUCACUCCUCGAAGUAAGAGCGAUGAGCGAGAGCGAGACGGGUCAGCUACUGCACACAAUGCUCGACGACGAGUUUUCCGCCGAGGAGGCUUCGGUUCUCUCAGCUCAGCUGGAACAUCUACCGCUGGCCAUUGCACAAGCCACCGCAUUCAUCCAAGAGAACAGCAUUUCAAUCGCCAAAUACAUCCAGCUUCUGGAGAAAAGCGACGAGAACCUGGUUGAACAACUGAGCGAGCCAUUCGAAGCAGUUGGCAGAGACUCGGAGACACCACACGCACUCACAGCUACAUGGAUUGUUUCUUUCAAUCAGAUCCAGCAACAGGAUGCUCUUGCUAGCGAAGUUCUAUCCUUUGCCUGUCUUCUAGACCGUCAAGGCAUCCCUGAAGAGUUCAUCAUCAGCUUCUGUAACCAGAGAAACACGGAGGGACAGCAGAUUACCACAAACAAAAUCACCAAGGCCCUAGGAACUCUCAAGGCAUUUUCGUUAGUGUCAGCGGCAACAGACAAUGCCAUCGAUAUGCAUCGGCUAGUACAGCUGGUGACACGAAAAUGGUUGGAAACUCAUGGCAGACUGGCUCGAUGUGUGGAACAGGCGCUCGACAUAGUGUCAAAACUAUAUCCGUAUGGUGAUCAUGAGAGUCGUCAGGCCUGUCAGGACUACCUUCCUCAUGCCAUUGCUAUCCUCCAACACAAAGGGACUAGUUCUCGUGGUGAGCGGCUUGCAAGGGCAUCCCUUCUGGAGUGUGUGGCGCGCUAUUUUCUGUAUCGCGGUCAGUGGACACAGGCAGAACAGGGCGUAGCCCAAUCUUUAAAGCUGCGGAAUGAAAUCCUUGGAGAGCAACAUCCUGACACGCUUAUCAGCGUGAACAACCUAGCAUCAACAUACUGGAACCAAGGCCGGCACAAGGAGGCAGAAAAGCUUGUGGUACAGGUGCUAGAGGCAAGGAAAAGGGUGCUUGGGGAUGAACAUCCUGACACGCUUCUCAGCAUAGGCAACCUAGCAUCAACAUACUGGAACCAAGGCCGGCACAAGGAGGCAGAAAAGCUUGUGGUACAGGUGCUAGAGAUAAGCAAAAGAGUGCUUGGGGAUGAACAUCCUGACACGCUUAUCAGGAUGGGCAACCUGGCAUCAACAUACUUCGAGCAAGGGAGGCAUAAAGAGGCAGAAAAGCUUAGGGUACAGGUGCUAGAGAUAAGCAAAAGAGUGCUUGGGGAUGAACAUCCUGACACAGUUAUCAGCAUGAACAACCUAGCAUCAACAUACUGGAAACAAGGGCGACAUAAGGAGGCUGAAGAGCUAAGGGUACCGGUGUUAGAGAUAAGCAAACGAGUGCUUGGGGAUGAACAUCCUGACACGCUUAUCAGCAUGGGCAAUCUAGCAUCAACAUACUGGAAACAAGAGCGGCUGGAGGAGGCAGAAGAGCUUGAGGGACUAGUGCUAGAGGCAAGGAAAAGGGUGCUUGGAGAUAAACAUCCCAGUUCGCUCCUCAGCAUGAGCAAUCUGGCUUGUAUAUGGAAAAGUCAAGAGCGGUGGUCCGAGGCAAUCCAGUUGAUGCGCGACUGCGUUCGGCUUCAGCAGCGCUGUCUUGGAGACGAUCAUCCCGAGACUAUAUCCUCCCUUUCAGCCCUGGAGGAGUGGGAGAAGGAUUUUGCACACGAUGAAGAAGAGGUUCCAGUUGCAAAGAAGCGAAAACUUCAACUUGCGUUGUACAUAGACGACUAGUCAGUUAAUAGGCUCUUCAUCGUUGCGUUGACUAGCAAAAUUCCUAUCACAACA